AUGCGUACACAUCUUCUUGCCCUUCCGGCCCUGGCCGCAGCCAGCUUGCCCGUCUACUCGCGAAGUAGCGAGUCGCGCGCGGGCGCCAUCAAGGAGGCCUUCUCCCACGCCUGGGAUGGCUAUUAUGAAUAUGCCUUCCCUCACGACGAGCUGCACCCCAUCUCCAACGGCUACGGAGACUCCCGAAACGGCUGGGGCGCGUCGGCCGUCGAUGCCCUGUCCACUGCCAUCAUCAUGCGCAACGCCACUAUCGUCAAUCAGAUCAUUGACCACAUUGCUGAGGUUGAUUACACAAAAACCGACUCGACUGUGAGCUUGUUCGAGACCACCAUUCGCUACCUCGCCGGCAUGCUGUCCGGAUACGACCUGCUCAACGGGCCUGGCAAGGGUCUAGUGGAUGCGAAAAAGGUGGAUGUGCUUCUUGAGAAGUCUCAGAAACUCGCCGAUACCCUCAAGUUUGCAUUCGACACCCCCUCCGGUGUUCCGUACAACAACAUCAACAUUACCUCCAAGGGCAAUGACGGCGCCGACACCAAUGGGCUGGCCGUGACUGGCACCCUGGUGCUCGAGUGGACCCGCCUGUCGGACUUGACUGGAAACGACGAGUAUGCGCGCCUGAGCCAGAAGGCCCAGGACUACCUCCUCCACCCGGAGCCGGCGGAGUACGAGCCGUUCCCGGGUUUGGUUGGAAGCAACAUCAACAUCAAGGACGGAAAGUUCGCCGACGGGGUAGUUAGCUGGGACGGUGGCGCUGAUUCUUACUACGAGUACCUGAUCAAGAUGUACCUGUACGACCCUGAGCGCUUUGGCCUGUACAAGGACCGCUGGGUGGACGCUGCCAAGUCAACCAUCGAGAACCUGGCUUCGCACCCAUCUACCCGCAAGGACCUCACCUUCCUCUCCUCCUACACCAAGGAUCACAAGUUCAAGUUGGUCAGCGAGCACCUGACUUGCUUUGAUGGCGGUAACUUCCUGCUUGGUGGAACGCUGUUGGACCAGCAGGAUUUUGUUGACUUUGGUCUUGAACUGGUCUCCUCUUGCCACGAGACCUACAACUCGACGCUCACGGGGAUUGGUCCCGAAGUGUUCAGCUGGGAUCCCAGCUCUGUCCCUGAGAACCAGACGGAGCUGUUCGAGCGAGCAGGCUUUUACAUCACUGGUUCAGGAUAUAUUCUGCGCCCAGAGGUGAUUGAGAGCUUCUACUACGCCUGGCGUAUCACCGGUGACGAGACGUACCGCGAAUGGGUGUGGAACGCCUUUGUCAACAUCAACAAAUACUGCCGCACCGAGUCCGGAUUCGCCGGCCUCAGUGAUGUCAACGCGGAGAAUGGAGGCGGCCAAGACGACAACCAAGAGAGCUUCAUGUUUGCAGAGGUGCUGAAGUACACUUAUCUGGCUUUUGCUCCCGAGGACGAGUGGCAGGUCCAGAAGGGCAGUGGCAACACGUUUGUGUUCAACACCGAGGCGCAUCCUUUCAAGGUGUACUCGCCCAAGUAG